AUGCCGCUCGUCAUUCUCACCGGCUACCCGUGCUCUGGUCUCACCUAUCGUGCCAACCAGCUCGCGUCGCUCCUUGAAAAAGGGCAGGAUGAGCUCUUUGCGGCACCCGACCCCACGUCGCCCGUCUCGUUGAAGUCGCGAUUUAAGGUCCAUGUCGUGCCGUCGCAUGAUGCCGGGCAUCCUCGCAUAGUGUACGACCAUGCCCGAACAGAAAAAGAGGCGCGCGGUGUCGCCUAUGCGCGGGCCAAGCGCGUGCUGGCGCGGGACAGUAUCGUCAUCCUCGAUGGGAUGAACUACAUUAAGGGAUGGAGGUACCAGUUAUGGUGCGAGUCCAAGGCAGCUGGAACAACAUGCUGUGUGGUCCAUGUGGGAACACCCGUCGACCAGUGCGUCGCUAAUAACGACGCUCGAUUGCGCCGACAAGUGGCGCAGCAGCAAGACCCCGGCUCAACCGAUGCACCGGCCAGGAAACCGGCAGAUUCCACCGAGGAUAAUGAAGAGGCCUACCCAUCGGAAUUGUUGAACAACCUCAUCUUUCGCUAUGAAGAGCCCAGCACCCACAGCCGCUGGGAUAAGCCUCUCUUCACCGUCCCAUGGACCGACCGCGAACCCCCUGUCGCCGACAUUUUCAAGGAACUAACGGGCGUUGUUCUUCCAUCGGCUCAGACCACUGUCGAUGCCACAGUCCCUAGUAUGACGGAAUCUCUAGCCUCAUCCACGCUCUCCGACACAGCCAGCACGGCGACAAGGGCCAGGACCUUUAACCGCGGUCAAUCAUUGCGCCCUAGGAUCGUGCCCCACCAAGCCACCGUGCAAGCCGUCGCCACCGACCACGGCGCCCUGUACGCAAUGGAAAAACGCACGUCGGCGAUUGUCUCUGCGAUCCGCGCCUUCACACAAUCCAAUCCCUCUGCCGAGACGGCUCUGGCGCAGAGCAACCACGCCAAGGGCAUCGCCAUCGAAGUCCCCGAUGCAUCUCUCCCUGUCUUGGUUCCUUCGCACGUUGCCACGACGGGCACCACCGACGAGCUGGCCGGCGUGGGCGGGGCUUUAGCCCUGCCGCGGCUGCAGCGGCUGCGCAGGCAGUGGAUCAGUCUGAAUCGUUCUUACAUCGGGCAUGGACAUGGAACGUCAAAGGGCGGGCUAGCGGCGGAUCAGGUCGGGGAUGCCUUUGUGCGGUUCCUGAAUGCGGAUUUCGGAGAUGAAGCUCAGGGCGACGUCGACAAUGAUGCUGACGUCUAG